CGAACGCAGACGUAAGCCUGGAGGACCAAUCACGGCGACCAGGAGGCAGGAACAAUGGGGGUUAAAGGUCAGGCGGAAGUUCCCGGAGUUUCCGGUGGCCGGCUGGAGCGUGAACUAUGGCUAAACACCAUCCGGACUUGAUUUUUUGUCGCAAGCAGGCUGGUGUUGCCAUCGGAAGACUCUGUGAAAAAUGUGACGGCAAGUGUGUGAUCUGUGACUCCUAUGUGCGUCCCUGCACCCUGGUGCGCAUAUGUGAUGAGUGUAACUACGGCUCCUAUCAGGGGCGCUGUGUGAUCUGUGGAGGCCCGGGAGUCUCAGACGCCUAUUAUUGUAAGGAGUGCACCAUCCAGGAGAAGGAUAGGCUAGCUAUUUUAACUCCUUGGAUCAAAUGCAAGAUAGAGGGCUUAUAGAUCUAUAGUAAGGAGAGAUGGUUGCCCAAAGAUUGUCAAUUUGGGGAGCUCUAAGACAGAUCUCUUCUAUGAACGAAAAAAAUACGGCUUCAAGAAGAGGUGAUUGGUGGGUGACCUCUUUCUCCCCUCGUCAAGCUGCUGCCGCUGCCAGAAAAGACGCCUACGACUGCCAACAGAAAGGGAGUGGGUGCAGCACAUCGCCCGAAUCGCCUGUUAGCGCGCUGGCACCUCCACCCUGCCCUCUCCUCUCACCCAGAUCAGGUGGUAGAAAGGGAAAAGGAUUCUUCACAGGGAGCUUGGCAGACUAAAUCAGAAAAAAAUGGUAGAUUAGGUCAUGGUUUUUCUUGAAUUCAAGAAGCAAGACUUUCCACAUUGACAAGUUCUCUCUACACUGAGCGCUUCUAAACAGAAAUAUCAUUUCAGCGAUCUUUUGACUAUGAAACGACCCGUGAUCUUACAGCAGCUCUGAUGGCAGUUGUCUUUGAUGAAACAUUGGCAGUGGGGUAGGAAGCUCUUGGAACGAUAAAUUUGGGCAUUUAAUCUUGUAACACCAGCCAGGUGGUGCUGGUUCAUGUUUUAAGAAAUUGGAAACCCUUUCUGUUGCUGUUGUAUUAAUAAAGUAGGUGUUUAUUUUCUGGUA